AGGCAGAUGCGGGGCAGCCAUCGCGAAGGACCCCGGCCGCCCUUCCGUCUGACGCGGUGUUUACACUUUAAUAAUAAUUCUGUUUUCUGACAUUUCUACUCAUUUCUAUCGAUAUAAUGCCGUUGUUCGAAGGCCUGGGCAGCGGAGGCGAGAAGACAGCCGUGGUGAUUGAUUUAGGAGCGGCCUACACCAAAUGUGGUUUUGCCGGUGAGACGGGGCCGAGAUUCAUCAUUCCCAGUGAGAUCAAACGCUCCGGAUCUCCGGAGGCGGUUCGAGUCGUGCAGUACAACAUCAACACUGAGGAGCUCUACAGCAUCCUGAAGGAGUUCGUUCACCUGCUGUACUUCCGGCAUCUGCUGGUGAAUCCUCGAGACCGGCGCGUGGUGAUCGUUGAGUCCAUCCUCUGUCCUUCACACUUCAGAGAGACGCUCUCCAGAGUCUUCUUCAAGCACUUCGAGGUGCCGUCGGUCCUGUUUGCUCCGAGUCAUCUGAUGUCUGUCAUGACUCUGGGCAUCCAGUCUGCUCUCGUCAUGGACUGUGGAUAUACAGAGACCCUGGUGUUACCAAUCUAUGAAGGCAUUCCGAUCCUGUCUGCGUGGGAAGCUCUACCGAUGGGAGGAAAAGCCAUUCAUAGGGAGCUUCACAGUCUGCUGAGUGAGCAGUGCACACUGGACACUGACUCUGGCACCGGACUCAGUCUGCCCACCGUCAUCAGCUGCGUUCCAGAGGAUGUUGUGGAGGAUAUCAAAGUGCGGACGUGUUUCGUUAGUGACCUGCAGAGGGGCAUGAAGAUCCAGGAGGCCAGAUUUAACCUGGACGGAUCUGCUGAGAGACCGGCUCCUCCCCCAGAUGUGGAGUAUCCAUUGGAUGGACAGAAGAUUCUGCAUGUUAAAGGAUCCAUCAGAGACUCUGUGGCCGAGAUGUUGUUCGAGCAGGACAAUGAGGAGAAAUCCAUCGCCACGCUGCUGCUGGACACUCUGGUGAAGUGUCCCAUCGACACUCGUAAGGUUCUGUCGGAGAACCUGGUGAUAAUCGGCGGUACGUCCAUGCUGCCCGGGUUCCUGCACCGUCUCCUGUCUGAGAUCCGCUCGCUGGUGGAGAAACCCAAGUACCGUGAUGCUCUGGCUACCAAGAGCUUCCGAAUCCACAGCCCACCUGCCAAACCCAACUGCACCGCCUGGUUAGGAGGUGCUAUAUUCGGAGCACUGCAGGACAUUUUAGGGAGUCGCUCGGUGUCCAGAGAUUACUACAACCAGACGGGCCGCAUCCCAGACUGGUGUUGUCUCAGCACCCCUCUUCCGGAUUCAGUCUAUGAGGCGGGAAAGAAUCAGCCGCCUCUCAUGAAGAGAGCCUUCUCCACCGAGAAAUGAACUGGACACUUUAAAUCUAGCUCAGCUGUCCUGAUCUAUAAUAGCUUAAUGUCUUUCAUAUUAGUCAGCUGUACUUAAUUUGAAUAGCAGGUGAAUGAUCUGUGUUCCGAUCGACAUGAUCCCUACACAGUGUUCAUUGCUCCCUACUCCCUGAGAAGGGGAAGUUUACUUCUUCAGAAUUUAUUCAUUCACAUAUUAGCGCUACGCCCUGAAGCUUCUUCACACACGGACGAAACGUACUAGAGUGUGACAAAAAUGCAUCUGUAAAUAAAUACAAUUUAAAUUCACGUCUCGUACACUCUCUGAGAACCCCUGCACUAAACGGUUUUCCAGAGAACCUCCAGACAUUUAUCCAGUCUAAACGAUAGAAGCCCAUUUCCGCCGCUGAAUGAUAAAAAAAAAUUGUUUUGGUUAUAUUUAAAUGCAUGCUUGAUCUUGCACCGUCACAGACAGAUCAUGGAAGGCAUCUUGACCAUAGUCAUAAGAAACUACAUAAUAUUUCAAUUGUGUUAAAAAUGAGUUUCAAUUGCUGAAUAUGUUAAAAAAAAUUGGUGUAUUUAUGAGUUUUGUGAAAAAAUAAACAUAAAAAAUGUGGUGUUUGCA